AUGCAUCAAGUCCUGCACGACGGAGAAAGGGUCCUUCAUGGCCACGUGCGCGACAUCACUCAUGUGCUCAACUAUGAUUACCCCAACAACUCGGAGGACUAUGUCCACCGUAUUGGUCGUACUGCUCGUGCCGGUGCCAAGGGUACCGCCAUUACCUUCUUCACCACUGACAACUCUAAGCAGGCUCGUGACUUGAUCACUAUCCUCACUGAAGCUAAGCAGCAGGUUGACCCCCGUCUUGCCGAGAUGGUUCGCUUCGGCGGCGGCGGCGGUGGUGGUCGCUGGGGUGGCCGUGGACGUGGUGGUGGCCGUGGUGGCUGGGGUGGUGGUCGCGGCGGCGGUGGUGGUGGUGGUGGUUUCACUGCCUCCAACUCUGCUCCCGUCGGCGGCAACCGUCGUUGGUAG